AUGGUCAGAGGUAUUGUUACCUCCGACGACAGCGCGAAGGGCGACAGCCCCCGCCUCGACGGCGAUACCCCAGCGUCAUCCCCUCCCGAAAAACCCAUCCCCUACAAGAACAACAUCUACCAACAGGUCCAUGCCUCAUUGGCAACCCGUCUGAAUGAGCCCAAGGGUGACUGCCCCUCAACCCUUCGAGCCCGCCUCCGCGACGAUAUCCCAGCGACAAGCCCCCCCAACAAACCCAUCCCCCACAAGAACAACAUCUGCCAACAAGUCCAUGCUUCACUGGGGAUUAACUCAAACUUUCGAGACCGCCUUCGUGACGAUACCCCAGCGAAGAGCCCCUCCAACGAGCCCAUCCCCGACAAAAACAACAUCUACCAGCAAGCCUAUGCUUCACUGGGGUCUCAUCUGACUGUGCCCAAGACCACCAAGAAGGUCAUCCAGAAGGCAGAGAAACAGGAUCCCGCUGCCCAGCUCCGAGAUAGGUACGCCCGCAUGGGAUUGAACAUUCACACCACUGCCAUCGCACGUUUUCUGGAAGCAAACCGUCAAGUGGGAAUUGAGCGCGAGGAGUACGCCAAUAAGACUGAGGAGACACUGCGACGAAACACACGGCUCUACAACAACAUUGCGUACCCCCUUGCAGCAACGAUUCUCACUUCAGCAGACGGCCACCGGGGCAGUUUCGCCGUUCGUAUCGCCCGUCUCAGGCAGGAUAUCGCUGCCGCCAAGGAAGAAAUCACCCGACUCAAUGACGAAGCAAACGAGUGUCGUCGCAUCGAAGCGGAAGCGUGGAAGGAGUUCAAGGGCAGUUUCCAGGAGGGUCGGGCGGCGAGCGAUGUUGACAGAGAGGCUAAGGUGGCUGCUGAGGAGUUCAAGGAGGAAGCUCGAGGUAUCGUGAGGGACAAGUAUCGUCUGCUGGAGGAGAUUGACGCGGACUUCAAAGGAAAAAUUCAGGAGGAGACCCAGCGAAUGAUGAUGGACUUGCUUAGCGGUAUCUGA